AGAACUGAACUUGCAGUGUUGCACUUCAAGACAGAACACAAAUGUGGAAGGAAUUGUGACAGCCAGUGUUAGAAAACUCAGACGGACAGCAGAAUGGCUGAGUUUAAAUGGAUUAAAAUGCUUCAAUACCUGAUACUUGUCCCUCAAAUUGCAGGUAAGGACACAGAAUUCUCAUUUAGAGGGAAAAAAGUGUUAUUGGCAGUCCAAAAAAUAUGAAUUUUAUCGACUUUAAAACUUUAAUCUGAUCUAAAAUGAUCAAUUCUCUUGUUUAUUCACAGCUAAAACUACACAUUACCUCUCCGUCAUUAUUCGAGAUGGAGCUGAAGUCACUUUGCCAUGUCAAAAUGUCUUAACUGAUAGCAGUAACUGUGACAGCACUACAUGGACCUUCAGUCAGUUGACCAGAACAGCAGCAGUAGACUUGGUAAAAGGAGGGCGGUUAUGGGAUCGUACAAUGAACAAAUCAGACAGACUGAGAGUUACAGCAAACUGUUCUCUGAUUAUAAAGAACGCCACACAAGAGGAUGUUGGUCGAUACUUCUGCAUUCAGGAAAAAUCAGGGCAGAGACAUGCUGGAGAGGCUGUAGUUGAUGUGUCUGUAGUGAUCAGUAAGUAUUUACUCUACAAAUACACCACAAUAACUGUAUCAGUUAUAUUUUUGUCACCUUUAAAAUGUCUCUCUUUUUACCAGUGACUGAAAAAAAGGAGAAGAGGGUUGUGUGGUUAAAAUGCAGACUGCUGACUCGGCUUGUUUGCACACACACUGUUGAGUGGCUGCCUCCUGGUCCAGAAGUGGAUCAAGAUUUCAGAAACUUACAGAAGUUACAGGCCAGCUGUGUUGCCAUGGUGACCUUUUUAACUUCUGAUUCUGUUUAUACGUCAAAGAAAUAUGAAUCAUUACAGUGUAAUCUGAAGGAGCAUAACAGUAAUACAAGUGUGCAGUUUACCUUCAACCCUCAAUCCUCAGGUAAGGGAGAUACAGUAUAAUAAGAUGAAUAGAUUGCUCUUUAAAAUCUAACACUCUCUGUAUUUCUUUGUCUAGAACGUGACACUCUACAGUUUGAGGACAUAGGUACAACAACAAGGAAACCAAAAGGUAUAUUUUGUGUGUUUCUUAUCAGUAUUUUGUCCUUGUCUGUCCAUUUUUAUUAAAAAGAAUUGAAUAUCAGUAAAGCCAACCAAAAGAACAAAAAAGAGUGAAGACUAUGUUCAUUUUUGUCCCUCAUAUCAAACCCUAACCUUAACCCUGGUUGUUGAUAGGUUCAUAAAAUAAAUUAACAGGUUGGUUGUUUGAUUAGUUGGCUGGCCAGUUGGUUGGGUGUUUGAACAGGAUUGUUGGUUGACUGACUGGUAAGCCUGCUAGUUAGAUGGCUGGUUGGUGGGUUUGCUGGCUUGUCAGUUGGUUGGUUUGUUGGGUGACUGGUUGUUUGAUUAGUUGGCUGGCCACUUGGUUGGGUGUUUGGACAGGAUUAUAGGCUGGCUGACUGGUGAGACUGCUAGUUGGUUAGCAGGUUUGUUGGCUGUUUGGUAAAUUGGUUAGUUGGCUGGUUGUCUGUCAGUUUGGUUGCCUGGUUGUUGCCUACAGACCUACUGGUUUGUCUGUUGGUUGUGUUAGUCAUUUAACUACCUGGUCAGUUGAUUGGUUUGCUGGCUCCCUGAUUAACUGGUUGGCUGGUUGGUUGUUAGUUGGUUAGUCUGUUGGGUGGUUGGUGAGUUGGCUGGCUUGUUUUUUUUUUUUCUGGUUAGUUGGUGUUUGGCUUGCAGAUUGGCUGGUUGGUUAGUCAGCUGGCAGGUAUGGUUGACUUUCUGGAUGGCUAGUUGUUUGAUUGCUUGGUCAGACUAGCUUGUUGUUUGUUUGUUUGUUUGUUUGUUUUUUUUGUUGCUAUGCUGACUGGUUGACAGGCUGGUUGGUCAGUAUAGGCCCUUUAAAAAAGUAUGUUUUUCAUAUAAUCUGAGCCUAGAAGGUGCCGUCAAAAUUGAAACUUUAUGUAGCAGUGACAAACACGAGAGGAAGGUGGUCAUCAAAUAGAUAAUAAGAUAAAGUUUGAGAUAAAUUUUGUUGAAUUCAAGUGGAAGAUUAUUUCAUGAAUAAAAGUGUUUUUUUUUUACGAUGACAUGAGCGGGAAGUAUUACUUUUUGGAUGUUGAAAAGAACAUGGAUCAUAACUCAACUGUCCAUUUAUUUUCUUCCAUUUCUAGAUUUAUGGUGGGUGUACCUUAUUGUGGCUCUGGGUUUGACUGCGCUUUCUGUUACUGGUGUGGUGUUCAUAAGAAGAAAGAGAAAUAAAGGUGAAAACAUACUUAAAAAACUUUGUCAUGAAAAUAUUUUGAGAUACCUGAAAAUUGAUUUAGGAACAGAACCUCACAGAGUUUCUUUUUUUAUUUGUUUCAGGUAACAAAACUCAUACAGACAAGAACCAGGUGAGACUUUGAAUGGAAAAAGAAUUAUUUCUACAAUUAUGGUUUUACAGAUCAAACAGUGAUACUUGCUUUCAGAAAUGUUACCGUGAAUCAACAGCUGAGUAAGUUCAUCAAAUGUAAUAAGACUGUCGUUUUGCAGGAACUAAGUCUGAACAGUGCAAAAAGUCCAUCAGCUCAAAAAACAAAUCUGUACACGGUAAAAUCACACACUACAUCAUAUGUUUUAACUAACACUCCUGUAUGCUCGUAUUACACCAGGACAGAGGCAAACCUGGACUGUCCAGGCAAAACUUUGAAAAUACAUCACAGACAGGGACAAUAUGGAAAAAUCAGCCCAGUAAAUUUGUGGAUGAGUUUGUAUGAAUUAACAAGUUACUUUGUUGUUGUCCCCAAGGCUGAGCCUGAUGAUGGUGUUUCCUACGUCUCAAUCCACCACACCAAAAAGACCAAAGGCAAAGCUCAUGUAAGAUGUCCUUUGAAAUUUUAAGUUGAAAGUUUACCUCAGUUGUCUUUGGGUGAUAUAGUGCCAUGUUUUUUCAGUAUUCUUCAUUAACUUUUUCAUGUCCUACAGGUUUGGGGUGGUGAAGAAACUGUAACAUACAGCACUGUAAAAGCCUCCACUGCUGCUGAUCCCAGCAACCUCUAUGCUACUAUAAACUAAAAAUCAUCAGUACUGUUAUUUAUUUGUAGUCUAUUACGAUAUGUGGUGUGAUUACAAAGUCAAAUUGUUAGUUUUGUCAGAUUGAGGUGUUUAACAAGAAUUUAUUUGAUACUUGUUCAUGUUUUUGUGUAAAAAUGUUAUUUUAUGUUCAAACCCCAAUCCUCGCUCUCUACCUAAGUUGUUUGGUGUAAACAUUUACUGUUUUAUUUACACAUUUGCACUACUGGAUCCAAGUUUUAUUAGUCAUUUCUGUGGUACUGGGAUGUUCUUUUCAACUUUGAGCUGUCCCUGUAAUAAACUUUUAUACCAGAGGGGGGAGUUGUAACUUAAGUUAAUGCUGCAAUGUAAUGGGCACAGCAGGGUAGGCAGGCAGGCAGGCAGGUAGAUGGAUGGAUGGAUGGAUGGAUGGAUGGAUGGAUGGAUAGAUAGAUAGAUAGAUAGAUAGAUAGAUAGAUAGAUAGAUAGAUAGAUAGAUAGAUAGAUAGAUUUUAUCUAGAUUUUUUAUAGAUAGAUGGGCACUGAUCUUGCUGCAAUGCACCUGAUUUGUAAUGGUAGUAAAUUAGAGGAUAAGAAUGCAAUGUGCAAAGAGAUGAAUGUUGUUUCCUUGCAAUAAAAUGCAUCAAUGUCUGCUUCUGUGUCAUUAAAACCAUAUUCUCUGUGAA